AUGAAGAGGCAAACAACUGCGCUUCUUGCAGUUACUGUGGUUUCUGGAUUGAUGCUUGUAUAUCAAGGAUUGAAGGCAAGAGAGCGAAGCAGAAGAAAAAAGGAAAGAUUAGAGGAGUAUGUUAACAAGGGGUUUAUGUGUAUGAAGGAUAAGAUGUAUGGAGAAGCGAUUGUUUGCUAUCUACGCAGUUUAGAGCUAUUGGAGACGAAAGAUAAUGCAUUAGUUGAUAUUUAUAACAAUCUAGCAAUAUGUUUUGUAAGGAUUAAGGCAUAUAAGGAAGCACUUGUUUAUGCAAAUAAAUCGCUGGAUUUGAAUGUAUUGAACAAUGAAAGGGCAUUGAGAUUAAAAUAUGAAUGUCAUAAAGUGCUUGGGAUGAAGCGACAAGCAUUAUAUGAUAUUUUUGUGUGUGGAUUGAUGACUAAAGAUGAAAGAUACAGAAAGCAAGCACAAGAGAUGUUAAAGAACGAAGCUGAUGUAGAAGUAAAGAAAAUAAUAGGAGGAUUUGAGGGACGAGUAUCUAGGAUUGUGUAUGAAGGAUUUUUUGGCACAUUUCCUGAUCUUUUUGGAAGUGGAUCGCUUGUGAGUGAUGAAUUGGUUGAACUGGUGCGAAAGGGAAGAUAUGAGGAUGCAAUUGUGAUGGCUGAGGAUAGGAGCGACUCAUUAUCGAAGUUUGUUACAGCAUUAUCGAAGUAUGCCGAGGGUAAAGAUGCAGCAGCGAUUUCAUUACUUGAGGAUGAGAAGAUGAUAUAUUCUGUUGGAUUACGAGAGUAUCUGAAGGCUGUUCAUGGACUUGUCCCGAUGGAUAUCGAUGACUUUGUAUCUCAAAACAAUAGGAGUGUAGGAGUUUUAUUUUAUGCAGCUAAGACAUAUUUGUGCAUGAAGGACAAUGAAAAAUAUGAGAACUUGAUUAGCCAAGCAAUGAAUGUUUGUGACUAUGAUUUUUUGUAUGUAGACAGAAUAGUGUAUGAGGUUGGAAGAGGAAGGACGGAGGCAGCAGGCAAUGCCGUUGAGGAAGGAUUGAGAAGGCACGGUUCAAGCAUUCUUAUAUUAUCGAUUGGGUGCGAAUUCUACCUGAAGAAUGAGGAUUUUGAAAGGAUAGCGAAUAUACUUCUAGAGAUGGAGAGCAUGUAUGGAGCAGAUCCUAGAACGUUUCUAUUGAAAGGCGUUGUACUUCAAGCACAGGGAAGUGUUGAUGUGGCAGAAAAAAACUUUAGAGCAGCAAUUAAGUUGGAUGAGCGGUAUUUCAAGCCGUAUGUGUAUCUAGGAGGAGUUCUUCUGAGUAAGAAUGAUAAGGAUAGCAAAGCAGUGUAUGAAGCAGGGUUGAGAUAUGCAGUUAGAUAUGAGGAGAUGCUUGUUGUACUGCAAGCUUUGAUUUUGAUUGAAGCACAGGAGAAUGUGAUGCAGAUGUAUCCUGAGUUAAAAGAAAUUACUUGA